UUUCCUGGUGCAGACACACACAACACACACCACCCAGACGCCUCUCUGUCUCUCUCUCUCUUCUUUCUCUCUCUACAUAAACCAUUCAGGUAAGCCAAUUUCUUCCUCUUUGAUCCACCUAUUCUCUGUUUUCCAGCUCAAAUCACCGGAUUCUCUACCAUACGAGCUCCCAAAGGCUUUUGUUCCGUUCAAUUCCGUCAUAUAGAUACAUUUAGUUGCUGGAUUUACGGCUUUAAUAGUUGAAUUUCAAUUUACUCUAUUUGAAGGAUGUCGGGUGGGGGGACUCUACGGAAAGCGCUUGGUGCGAUUAAGGACAGCACGACUGUCAAUAUAGCGAAAGUUAGUAGUGACUACAAGGAAUUGGAUAUUAAUAUUGUCAAGGCUACGAACCAUGUUGAGCGCCCCGCAAAAGAAAAGCAUAUACGUGCUAUAUUUGCAGCUAUCUCAGCUACAAGACCUCGCGCUGAUGUCGCAUAUUGCAUACAUGCUCUUGCAAGAAGAUUGUCCAAGACACAUAAUUGGGCGGUUGCUUUGAAAACUCUAAUUGUUAUUCAUCGGGCCUUGAGGGAGGUGGAUCCCACUUUUCAAGAGGAACUUCUCAACUAUGGAAGGAGUAGAAACCAUGUGCUCAACCUGUCUUACUUCAAAGACGAUUCUAGUCCAAACGCAUGGGAUUAUUCUGGCUGGGUUAGAACCUAUGCGUUAUAUUUGGAAGAAAGGCUGGAGUGCUUCCGAGUCUUGAAAUACGAUGUUGAAACAGACCGUCCGAGAACAAAAGAUCUCGACACUCCUGAGCUGCUUGAACAACUACCAGCUCUGCAACAGCUUCUAUUUCGGGUUUUAGGCUGUCAGCCACAAGGAGCGGCAGUUCAGAACUUCGUGAUACAGCUGGCCCUUUCUAUGGUUGCCUCUGAAAGUAUGAAAAUUUACAAUGCAAUUAGUGACGGUUCAGUUAAUUUGGUAGACAAGUUUUUUGAAAUGCAACGCCAGGACGCUCUUAAGGCUCUGGAUAUAUAUAGAAGGGCUGGGCAGCAGGCCGAAAGAUUGUCUGAGUUCUAUGAAGUAUGUAAAAAUCUUGACAUUGGACGCGGGGAAAGGUUUAUCAAGAUCGAGCAGCCUCCGUCUUCGUUUCUACAAGCUAUGGAAGAAUACGUGAAAGAAGCUCCUCGUGCUUCGAAUGUUCGUAAGGAUCUGCAGGCGGUUGACGGUAAACCUAAAGAAAUUUUGGCCAUUGAAUACAAAAAAGUAGAGGUUCCGGUCCCAGAGAAACGCCCAGAAUCUCCACCUCCAGCUGAGCCUGUGCCCGUGCCUGCACCUGAACCAGUUAAAGUGGCACCGCCCGCUUCUCAACCACCACCAGAUCUACUGGAUCUGGGUGAUCCUGUUGUAGAAGCAUCUGAUUUUGACCAGAAGAACUCUUUGGCUCUGGCAAUUGUGCCUGUUGACCAACCGACUUCAACUGUCACAACUUCAGUAAAUGGAACCUCGGGAUGGGAGUUGGCCCUUGUAACUGCUCCAAGCUCUAACGGGAAUGCCACAUCAGCAAACAAACUGGCUGGAGGGCUGGACAAACUUACACUUGACAGCCUGUACGAUGAUGCAAUCAGAAGAACCAACCAGAACGUUAGUUACAACCCAUGGGAACAAGGCCCGGUGGCUGGAGCCAUGAUGCCACACCAAAUUGCACCAGACCCUUUCUACGCUUCUACCACCAUAGCCGCACCACACAACAUACAGAUGGCUCAUCAGCAGCAAGCUUUCAUGUUCCAGCAGCAGCAACAGCAACAGCAACAAAUGAUGAUGAUGGGCACACCAUUGCCACAACAAGGUGCCAACCCCUUUGCUAACCCCUAUGUGGCUAGCCAGCACCCUUAUGGCUCAGGUGUACCGGUUCAAUCCUAUAAUCCUUAUUCUGGUUUCAUAUAACAUUCCUCAUACCUUUGAAGGCGAAAACGUGUGCACUAUAAUUAGAUAUAGGGUGGAAGCGAGGUUCGAAUGCAUUCAAAUUCUUUUGGUCUGCUUGGUAUUAUAUGUCAAAUUUUCAUUUAUUUUUUAUGUUUUUUUUUUCAUCAUCUUUUGUUGAUCAAGAUAGAAAUAUUGUGUAAACAUUGAGACUAUUUUUUUUUCCUCAUUAAUGUAUCAUAUACAUAUACACAUAUGUAAUGUAUGAUCAAAAUGAAAUAAAAACAUAUAUUUUUCUCGUU